AUUAGCUUUUACUACAAGUAUUUAAAGAGAUUGUCUUCUUGCUUUACUAACUUGCAUUAUUUUCUAACAUCAUUCCCAUAUUAGAAUCCCUUUGCAGUGAAGUUUGAGCAUUGAACACAGAUAUUUACAAAUAUAAGGUUGUAAUUUGUAAGCAAAGACCAUGGUGAAAAUUUGCGGAAUUGGAGCCGGGUACGUAGGGGGUCCUACAAUGUCUGUGAUAGCCCUCAAGUGCCCCUCAAUUGAGGUGGCAGUGGUUGACAUCUCUCACUCUCGCAUAUCAUCUUGGAACAGCAACAAUCUCCCCAUUUAUGAGCCUGGCCUAGAAGAGGUGGUGAAUCAUUGCAGAGGAAAGAACCUCUUUUUCAGCACCGAUGUGGAAAAGCAUGUGAAUGAGGCAGACAUAGUUUUUGUCUCAGUGAACACCCCAACAAAAAUCAGAGGCCUUGGAGCUGGCAAGGCCACAGACUUGGCUUAUUGGGAGAGUGCAGCUAGGAUGAUUGCUGAUGUGUCCAAGUCAAACAAAAUUGUUGUUGAGAAAUCCACUGUCCCAGUGAGAACUGCUGAGGCCAUUGAGAAGAUCCUAACUCACAAUAGCAAGGGCACUAUCAAGUUCCAAAUCCUCUCAAAUCCUGAGUUUCUCUCUGAGGGAACAGCUAUUCAGGACCUUCUAAAUCCUGAUAGGGUUCUCAUUGGAGGGAACCAAGACCCUGAAGGGUUAGAAGCAAUCCAAAAACUGAAGGCUAUUUAUGCACAUUGGGUGCCUCAAGAUAGAAUCAUAACAACAAAUCUGUGGUCAGCUGAACUCUCUAAGUUAGCUGACAAUGCCUUUUUAGCACAAAGGAUUUCAUCUAUCAAUGCUAUGUCAGCACUAUGUGAGGCCACUGGGGCAGAAGUCUCACAAGUUUCUCAUGCACUCAGCAAAAACACCAAAAUUGGGCCCAAGUUUCUCAAUGCUAGUGUUGGUUUUGGUGGCUCUUGCUUUCAAAAGGACAUACUCAACUUGGUGUACAUAUGUGAGAGUAAUGGCCUCAUUGAAGUGGCAAAUUACUGGAAAGAAGUGAUCAAGGUGAAUGACUACCAAAAGGGUCGGUUUGUGAAGAGGGUUGUGACAUCCAUGUUCAACACUGUUUCGGGUAAGAAGAUUGCAAUUCUGGGGUUUGCCUUCAAGAAGGACACUAGUGACACUAGGAAAACUCCUGCUAUUGAUGUUUGCAAAGGUCUUUUGGGUGAUGACGCGUGCUUGAGCAUUUAUGAUCCCCGAGUUACUGAGGAGCAGAUUCAGAAGGAUUUGUCAAUGAGUUCUAGUGUUGUGAAACAGGUUAGUGUUGUUGGAGAUGCUUAUGAGGCAACUAAAGGUGCUCAUGGAAUAUGCAUUCUUACAGAGUGGGAUGAGUUUAAGAGCAUUGAUUAUGAAAGAGUGUAUGAGAAUAUGCAGAAACCAGCAUUUGUUUUUGAUGGUAGAAACAUAUUGAAUGUUGACAAGCUGAGGGGUAUUGGAUUCAUAGUGUACUCAGUUGGGAGGCCACUAGAAUAAUGGCUGAAGAACAUGCCCCAUAAGGCUUGAAGAAUUAAGAAAAUAAUUUAGCAGGAUAUAAUGUUAUUAUCCUUUGUGACAUUUCACCACCCCUUGCCAUGAUUUCACGCGUUUUUCUGAUAUGUAUUAGGCUGAUAUGUAUGAAAUCUGCACUCUUCAAUGUUGCAAAAUUAUUCGGGUAAGGGCUUUAGUUGUUGCUUGUUGCUGUGGCCCAUAUAAGCUAUUAAAAUAAAAAUGUCACUGCUUUGAGGCUGUA